AAGAGCUUUUGCCACCCUCCCUUUGAAACCUAGCCUCCACCAUCAUGGGCAGUCGAGCUGGAGGCAUGCCACCUGCUUUCCCUGCAGGGGGCGGUCCAGGCGGGCCUGUUUCCUCUGAAGGGGAUGCAGGGGACACCCUUUCCAAACUUCUGAAGAAGGAUAUCCUCCCAACGUACGACGUUGUGAACGAUGCUAUACGGCAUGACAACUUGCGGGAGCUCCUGAAGCAUGUUGAGGGACCUGUGAACCUAUCGGAGGACCCGUUGCUCAGCGUGGUGAUCGCCUGCGGGAAGAGCAAGCUCGCGAUCAAGCUGUUGGCGAACAUGCCACCGGAGAAACUAAUGGACAAGAAUUUUAAUGACGACACAGCCCUCCAUGUGGCGGCGGAGAUGGGAGAUGAGAGCGUGGUGGAGGCAUUGGUCAAAAAGAACCGCGACCUGCUCGGGGCCUCCAACAAGCAGCUGGAGAUCCCGCUGCACAAGGCCGCGCUGUUCGGACGGAGGCGAAUAUUCUGGGACCUGGUGAGGCACGGCAGCAACGCGCGUGCAAACAGGGAGGACGGCGCCACCAUGUUGCAUUGUGCCGUCGUCGGCAAGGCACCCGAGCUGGCAUUGGAGAUAGCAAAAGAGUAUCGAGACCUGAUGACUCGUCGGAAUUCAAAGGCUGUCACGCCUUUACAGCUAAUGGUGACCAUUCCGGAGGCAUUUCCAAGCCAAUCUCACCUUGGGCCUAUUGAAUCCCUCAUCUAUGACUGGAUUCCUUUGGAAGAGAGACAUAAAAAGCCUGUAGAGGAGUCAUCAGUGCGUGAAACCUCCGAUCCACGAUACAAGGAUAAUGAAUGCCUACAGCUUGUGAGGACAUCUCGGAGAAAACUUCCACCUAAUUAUGCCUCUUUUUUUGACAUGUUGGAAUUGGCUUGCAUUCCAGUUAGAUGGGCUCGGAUACUUGUUUUCAACAUUUUAAAGCAAUUGUCCACCAGAAUUCAAGACCUUGAACUUCAGAAGAAAAAUCAUAAACAAGCUAUGGAACUUAUUGCUUAUUUGGCUAAAGAUCUUGAUUACUGGGAUUUUAUUGACAAGGGAAGAAAACCAUCAACAGCCCCGAGCGAAUACUUACCAACUCCACCUGACAUGAUCAGCAAACCUCCAACUAUUUCGUCGGGCCGAAACGAAACUUCAAAAAGUAAUGAAAAUCAAAGAAAACAAGGAAACGAAAAACUUCCUGAAGUUGGCACUAAUAAGAAACUUCGAUGGAAUGAAUCACCUUUAAUUCUUGGUGCAGCACUUGGCCUUCAUGAGUUUGUAAAGCAAAUUUUAACAGUAUGUCCAGCAUCUGCAUCAUUGCAUGACACAGAGGGGAGGAAUGUCCUUCAAGUGGCAAUUUUGCAUGGUCAGGAAAAGAUUGUUGAGAUUAUAGAGUCAAUGGCCACAGGGAAGAAUCCAGUCUUACCGUCUUGGUUGUUGUCUGAAAUUGAAAAAACAACACAAAACACCAUCUUGCAUUACGCUGCUGUCAAAACUGUCCAAGAAAAUUUUCCUGCCACACAAAUGCAAUACGAGCUCCAAUGGUUUGAGAGGGUGAAAAGGUUGGUCCGUAAAGAUUUAGAUUAUAGCCGAAACCAAGAUGAGCUAACAGCUCAAGAACUUUUCAACGAGGAACACAAGAUUAUGGUUCAGAAUGGUAAAGAACAACUGAUGGAGAUGGGGAAAACAUACUCAAGCCUUGUAGCGGCUGUGGUCUUUGCUUCUAGUUUCUCCAUACCAGGCGAUAAGGAUGCUAAUAAUAACCCAGUUUUCCUGCAUAAGACUGCUUUCAAAGUUUUCUCACAUGCAUAUGUGAUUGGAUUGUCCUGUGCCGCUACAGCUUUGGUAUUAUUUUUGUCUCUCUUAACCUCACCUUACAGAGUUCAAGAAUUCCGCCGCUCGAUACCUACGAAGUACUUUUUUGCUAAUGUGUCUUUCUCUCUCGCAUUGGUGGCUCUAUUAGUGGCGUUCACAUGUAACAUCUACCUAAAUAUAUAUGGCGGAAGAAAGGCACAGACAAAGGAUCUUGUACCGCUUGUGUGUGAGCUUACCAUCUUUCCGGUAGUGUGUUUGUUUGUGUUACUUUAUCGGGGCGCUUCCUUUGGAUUUGGCUCCUUCACGCGACGUGUUUGGCGUUAGAUCAUAAAACCCCCUACAUGCAUCCUUCAACAAGUUCGGUUAUGCACUUUUGAGAGCCAGAGCUCUUCAUUUUCUUAUUUAAUUUGUUGAUCUUUUCGAACAUGUACUCGUAUACUGAUGCAUGAAGUUUGUAAUCAUUACAGCUCUAAAUUUGAAAUGGUCUAUAAUUAUCUGAA